ACUCUCGCAGGAGACAGACGCACCAGAGGAGCGCGGCGGGGCUGCAGCCAGAAGAGAGAGCCUGUGGACUUUACCCAAAACCAGAAACUCGGCACGUUUUACGCACGUCGAUCAGCAGAGCGCAGCUUUGUUUUGUUUUGUUUUUCUGCAUUUGUUUCUUCUUGUUGUGAAUUUCUUCAUGAAGUGAGUCUCUUGGUUCGGCCGUUUUACCCGCACUCAGUUGCAUUCGCGUUGUUGUUGCAAAGAGAAAUCAUGAGGUCCACUUCUGAGUCUUUCUGGAGGAUGAUCCGGCUCGCGGUGACAUUGGCGCUCGUGUCAGCGUGCGGAGCGUCAGAGUACGAGUACCUGAGCUGGAAGUCGGACGCGUACAACGGCGGGCGCAGCUACGGCAAGCCCCCGCAGUGCGUGGACAUCCCGGACGACCUGCGGCUCUGUCACAACGUGGGCUACACCCAGAUGCUGCUGCCCAACCUGCUGGAGCACGAGACCAUGGCCGAGGCGAAGCAGCAGGCCAGCAGCUGGGUGCCCCUGGUGCACAAGAACUGCCACCCGGGCACGCAGGUUCUCCUCUGCUCGCUCUUUGCGCCCGUGUGUCUGGAGCGGCCCAUCUACCCGUGCCGCUGGCUGUGCGAGGCCGUGCGGGACGGCUGCACCCCCAUCAUGGAGGCGUUCGGGUUCCCCUGGCCGGAGAUGCUCACCUGUGACAAGUUUCCCCAGGACGACGUGUGCAUCGCCAUGACGCAGCCCAAUGCGACCGAGGCCACCAAGCCGACAGGUUACUCUCCCAUCUGCCCUCCAUGUGACAAUGAAAUGAAAACAGACGCCAUGCUGGAGCACAUGUGUGCCAGCGAGUUUGCUUUCAAGGCCAAGAUCAAGGAGGUGAAGCGGGAAAACAUGGACCGCAAGGUGAUCCUGCAGAAGAGGAAGAAGAUGCUGAAAGCGGGGAGCCUGAAGAAGAAGGACUUGAAGAAGCUGGUGUUGUACUUGAAGAACGGCGCGGAUUGCCCCUGCCAGCAGCUGGACAACCUGGGAAACCAGUAUCUAAUCAUGGGCCGCAAGGUGGAUAAGCAGUACCUCCUCACGGGCAUCCACAAGUGGGACAAGUCCAGUAAAGAGUUCAAAAAGGCCAUCAAGAAACUCAAGACCUACAAAUGUCCCGCCUUCGAGAACGUCUUCAAAUAAUAUGACCCUGCCUCCAUCCUUGGUCGCAUCUCAUCCUACAUAUGAACUUGCAUUAAGCAUUAAAAUCCCAAACUUUGCUUUCUGUUGUCCUGUUUAUAUAUCUAUAUAUCUUUGUAUAUUUACAGAUAUACUUCAAAAUGUCCAUUAUCAAGUUUUAGUCAAAUGUGGUGAGUGAUGACACCACAGAUAAUUAAAGGGUUGGGUUUCCUUCUUUUUCUUCUGCUUAAGAAAAGGACAUUGUAGUAACGGCCCUUCCUCACUGAAAUCAUUUCCACUAUAUGUAUGUAGAUAAUUUCUUACACUCUUUCAUCCUGCAGCUCAGUGGAUUUCGCUGAACCGAAUAGUUGGACAUUUUUGGAAAUACACUUAUUUGCUUUCUUGCCGAGAGUUAGAUGAGAAAACUGAUCCCACCCUCAUGUCUGUACAGUAAAUAUUAAGCUAGAGCCAGCAGAUGGUUAGCAUGCAUUAGCCUAAAGACUGGGAGCAGGGGGAAAAGGCUAGCACGAAAACACAAAUUGUUGUUUUUACAUUUUGUUUUUUGUACAUAUUAAAUGAAUAAAAUAUAACUUGGUAUUUAGUGAGAUUUAGAUGUGCUGGGAGACUGAUUUUUUUUUUUUUGGGACAGAGCCAGGCUAGCUGUUCCUUCCAGUUUUCAGUCUUGCUAAUGUAGGCUAACCAUCUGCUGAUACUAGCUUCAAAUUUAGCAUAGAGGAAUGAGAGUCUUUGCAGGAAAAAUGUCCAGUUAUUCCUUUAAAUCUGUCUAAUUUUGAUCAUAUAAUAAAUCAUAAAAUAACUGAUUAGUCUACAGAUUUGGCAGUUGCAGUUAUUUUGAGCUUUAAAAGCCGCAAUGUACAGAGCAGCUCCAGAUAGGGUUCCUGUUGAGUAACUUAUUGACAGAGAUAUGAGAGAGUGCUGCCAUUAGCUGUUUUGUCAAACUAGAGACUGCACUACCUUCAAUUUUGAUGAUUUCCUUUGCUUCAUUUCUUCAUUGUUAAAUUUCUUUUUUGUGACUUGAAAAAAAUCUUAAGAGAAUCAUAACCACCGAUCUGCAUCACGAGAUUAUGUGUAGACUUGUGUGGCAGAUACCACUUUGCUGUUUCUCUGCAUCCAGUCUAACUGCAGUAAUCAGUAUUCAUCAGUAAAUGGAAAACGCCUUGUAGUCAUACGUGUUUAAACGUGCAAAAGUUAUCAAAGUGCAAAUAUUGCCAACUCUGUGUUCUGGUUUGUUUUGCUGGUCCGUUUUAGCACUAUUUUGUUGCAGAUUUGAAUGUGGUGCAUUUCUGCCUAUUACAUGUACAUACAAAUUUUACAUAAAUAUGGAAAAACUG